AUGGAGCAUAUGAAAAGUGGCUUUGAAAGUCCUCAACCGAAUGAGGAAGACCUUUCUCCAAGGUCUAUUAUUGAUGAAUGCAACUACUACAGAUCGACUCUGACAGCCAUUCCCGAAAAGCAGGAUUUAGUAAGAACGUCUGGAAUUCCUUUUGUUAUUAAUGUGAUACUAGAAAACUAUGAAGAAGAAGAGGUUCCAUUGUGCUCGGACGACAUAAUCCGAUGUGAACGCUGCAAGUCUUACCUGAAUCCUUUUGUUGAGAUUAUACCUCCAGGUCUGAAGUGGAAGUGCAAUCUCUGCCUGACAAUCAACGAUCUGGCAACUGCCUUUCAAGUUACCAGCAGAGGGAUAUCUCGGACUAGUAGUCUGUUUGACCCCAAGGUGAAUGCUAUGCAUAAUUACAGCUACUACACCCGAGGGGAGCUGAGAAGUACUGUUUAUGAGCUAGAAGCACCACCGAAUUACUCGCUCAAAACACCAUCCCCUCCAUUAAUAUGCUUUCUCAUAGAAGUGACUUUUGAAAGCAUGAAAUAUAGAUCUGUUGAUGCAGUUAUAAGAAGUAUUCUAGGAGGGCUGAACCCAAGGUUCUUUGAUCCAAGGUCUCGUAUGAUGUUUGCAUUCUUCGACUCGUGCAUAUACCUUCUCAGGAAAAACGGAGACUUCUCCGUAAUCUCGGAUGCAACACAUAUUCCUUUCUUCUUAGAAGAGGACUUCUUGCUACCUCUUGAUCAUCGCUUCGACGUUGAUGGGAUAGAAAGGUUCUUCAUAGAAAACAAGUCUACAAGAAACAAUUACGGAGAUGCACUAAGGAUUGUCCAGAACAUCCUCGGUACCACUGGAGGAUGCAUAAUCUCCUUUCUGGCAACAUAUCCAAACGUAGGCCCAGGGUGUGUGGACUCCAAUCAACAUGAGCUAAGAUGCAAGUCGGUAUUUUACAAAGAAAUAUCGGUGUAUUUGUCGAAGCAAGGUAUAUCUGUGACACAGUUUUUGUUUCCCCGACUUGGAAUAGAACUUCCUACUCUUAGUGUAUUAAGUAAGUAUACAGGAGGAAUGGUAUACUAUUACCCAAACUUCGAUGGAACCGAUCCUACAUUUGCCACAAAGUUAGCUAAUGAUCUUGCUUCGCAUCUCGAUUUGAAUAUAGGGUUGUAUGGAAUGUGCAGAGUCAGAACCAGCAAGUGUGUGUUUAUAAAGGAGUACUUCGGAUCUUUACACCAUAGGUCUGAGGAUUUAAUAUCGUUUUCCACCUUCUUUCCUCCUCACUCAUUCAGUUUUGAAAUAGACAUAUCCAAGGAAGAAGGGACAAGGGGCGUUUGUUUCCAAGUGGCUAUUCUUAGAACACUUCGUACUGGAGAAAGAAGAAUCCGAGUAGUGAACUUUUGUAUUGAAAAAGUGUCUAGAUCAUUGUACAGUGUUGUGGAUCCUUAUGCAGUAGCACAUGCAUUUGCUUUGAAAGCCUUUUUCUUCGAGUCGAGGACAAAGGGAGGAGGUAAUGAGUAUCUCAAUAAGUCCAUGAAGGAUAUUGUCAGAUUGUACAAGCAGCUUUCCAAUACAACAACCCUUUUACCUGCAACACUCGAGGUGCUUCCGAUGCUCAUCCUAUCUCUUUGCAAGUCUAUUCCCCUCAGACCUGCAUCUUAUACACCAAUGGACUACAAAUCCUACUACAUAUACCUGAUUAGCAAUUCCUACCCAAAGCUGGUUGAUACAGUGAUAUAUCCAACUUUACUCGCUUUACAUCGGCUGGACUCUAUACAGCCACUUAACCUAACUCUUAACUGCCUCGAGACAAACGGAUUGUAUUUACUAGAUACCGGUGUGACCAUCUUCUUUUUUGUGGCUAGAGACUGCGAUCCAUCUCUCCCGAACUUACUGUUCGACUCGUCCAUAGGAUCGGAAAGAUUUAUCUUCGAUCCUGAAAGGAACGAAUUUAGUGAUUCUGUAUGUAAGAUAAUCAAAGAGUUGAGAAGUAAUAGGCAUUUAACUCCCAACUAUGUGCUGGUGAGGGACGAUGGCACAAGCAGCAUAUAUAAGGACAUAUUCUUCACUUACUUUGUGGAAGACGAGUCUCACGGCCUUCCAUCCUAUUCUAAAUAUCUUGAAUUGCUGAGGGCUUAA